GGAGCCGCCAUUGCACGACAGUUUGGGUCAUGCUUUCUUCUUUGUUGAUUUCACUAUUUUAAAGAAAAGCACAGCGUGUCGAAAAUGAGUGGCGGAGUCUAUGGAGGAGAUGAGGUUGGUGCCUUGGUCUUUGAUGUUGGUUCUACAUCACUCCGUGGCGGCUAUGCCGGGGAAGACUGUCCUAAGGCUGAGAUACCCAUGCACGUUGGUUUUAAAGAUGAACCAAAAGAAGAGUCCAUGGAGGUAGAUGGCAGCGGAGAUCAAACUAACAAAGACAGAAGUGGAAAGAAAUAUUACAUUGAUACAAAUGCUGUUCAUGUACCAAGAGACGGAAUGGAAAUGGCAUCUCCUCUUAGAGAUGGCAUGAUUGAAGACUGGGAUAUGUUCCAAGCUCUGUUAGAUCAUACCUAUAAAAAACACAUCAGAUCAGAAUCACCGCUACAUCCUGUACUAAUGUCAGAACCCCCUUGGAAUGUCAGAGGCAAAAGGGAAAAGUUAACAGAAUUGAUGUUUGAGCAGUAUAAUAUACCAGCCUUCUUUCUUUGUAAAAAUGCAGUUUUAUCAGCUUUUGCUAAUGGUCGUUCCACUGCUUUAGUUGUUGACAGCGGCGCAACCCACACCACUGCAGUCCCAGUGCAUGAUGGGUAUGCACUUGCAUCAGCUUCUGUGAAAAGUCCUCUUGCAGGAGAUUUUGUAACGCUCCAGUGCAAGCAGUAUUUUGAAGAACAAAACAUUGAAAUUGUGCCGUCAUAUAUUGUCGCUAAGAAGGAGGAAGUGGGUGAUGGUGCUCCACCUUGCUAUGUUAAGAAACAAAUACCAGAUGUAAGCAAGUCCUGGCAUAACUACAUGGUUAAAAAAGUGCUGCAGGAUUUCCAAGCCUCAGUAUUACAAGUAGCAGACGGUCCAUUUAACAAUGAAGAUACUACAAACUUAUUACCAUUACAGUAUGAAUUUCCAAAUGGCUAUCACCAAGACUUUGGACCGGAAAGAUUCUAUCUGGCUGAGGGUUUAUUUGACCCUUCUAACAUUAAGGGCUUGGAUGGUAAUACUAUGUUGAGUGUGGGACAUGUAGUAUCCACUAGUAUCGGGAUGUGUGAUAUUGACAUUAGACCAAGUAUGUAUAACAGUAUUAUUGUAACCGGUGGCAACUCCUUAUUGUUGGGCUUUGUUGACAGAGUAAAUAGAGAAUUAUCUAACAAAACACCACCGAGCAUGAGGUUAAAGGUCAUGAGUAGUGCUGGGACAGCAGAGAGAAGAUUUAGUUCAUGGAUUGGUGGAUCAAUUUUAGCAUCAUUGGGUACAUUCCAGCAAAUGUGGAUAUCUAAACAAGAAUAUGAAGAAUCAGGAAAAACUUGUGUCGAACGAAACUACCCCUUUGUUUGCACCUCUCAUAGUCGAGCAGCCAUCAUAACAUUGUCAUAA